AUGGUCCUCCCGAUGGAGAUGGUCCUCCCGAUGGAGAUGGUCCUCCCGAUGGAGAUGGUCCUCCCGAUGGAGGUGGUCCUCCCGAUGGAGAUGGUCCUCCCGUUGGUUCCGAACCUGUUGGAGCCCCUGUUUCUGGUGGUGGCUCUUCUUCUGUUGGAGUUUCUGAUGGUGGAGUUUCUUCUGUUGGUGUUGGAGCUUCAUCUGUUGGAGGGUCUUCUGUUGGUGCAUUUGGUGGUCCAGUUGGGAAUCCAUAUACACCAGAAUUGCAAGGCACGAUAAAACGAAAAUUAUGA